UAGAAGCUGAAAGGUAGUACUUCACUGUGCCAGGAAAGUGCAAAAACUGUAGAAGACAUUAUAUUCUCCACAUUGUCAAUUUUGGUCGGAUGCAUACACUGUACAGUCUGCAAACCAUUUUUCUGGUAUAGGAUAUUUUAGGAUAAUUACUCAAGGCAAAAUUGAUUGAAAGUACUUCAUCAUUUUCAAAUUAAAAAAUACUUUGAAGCAGUGAGUACAACUUGGAUCAAAUUUAGAUGUCAUUACAGUAUUUCAGAUAACACAAUACUUCCAGUUCUCAAGGUCGAUUUAUCACUCGAAGAGAGCAGAGAAUGAGCUACAAAUGCACUCGUCAGUUCUAUGCAAUUUCUUCACAACACUUCACUAAAAUCAACCACAGCUGAUGGCAAUCAACCAGUGUAUUUGCAACUAAUUUUAGCGAUCAAGACACAAAAACAAUCCUUGCUCUAAAAAACAUAAUGACUUCACGAAGUAGUAGAACUGUAGUAUAUUUCAAAAGGGAUAUUUUUCCCUUGGACUACAGUAUCAUAAAAACAGUUAAAUUGUGAGGAAAUUAUACGCAAAGUGCGUGGGUCCUUUAUUACUUGACUCUGCUGAGGCCAUGUUCAGCACUCAACAUUACCAUUACGGACAACUUGUUUAUUGUUCUUUCCAAACAAUGAGAGGGAGCAGUUCUUCAGUAAUUGGUCCAUUCUUAAUUAUUUAAACAAGUAACGUUGGAUGAUUUUGUCGGAUUUAACAAUAAUAUGCACGCCAUCAAAUUGGCAGCAAACUCUUUGAAGAUAGUUUAUAAAACAGAACCUGCCAUCAUAACAGAUAGUUUGUUGACCUGAUACCAUAAAUAAGACAGCAUUAAAAUGAGUGUGGAGAGGCAAUCAGUAAAAAUUCAACAAGAACAGUUUCUAGCAACUGUAAAUAGGCAUGCCCUAUUAAAAGAAAACAAGACACAGCAAAUACUGAAAACAGAAAAAUGUCUUUGUUGUUAAAAGUUUGAAUUGGAAGACUACAUGUAUGUGUGUAAUAUUAGCAUCCUUUGAAUGCCUUCUGAACUUGCAAUGGAAAUCUUUAUAGGAAACGUGGACAAAGGCCGAUAUUGGAAUGCAAGUGAGAAUGAAACCAGAGAACAGAGUGAGGUGGUAUACAACUGGCCUAUGUUGUCUUUGUGCACAAUUAUAUUCCUUUCUGUACUUGGGAACAUGUUGGUUUGUCUGUCGAUUAUGAAACACAAGAAGCUACAGAAUAUUACAAAUUAUUUCCUUUUCUCACUUGCCAUCGCCGACUUGAUGGUUGCCGUGCUAGUUAUGCCUCUUGGAGUUGUUAAUAAUUUCAUGGGUUACUGGUCAAUGGGUCUUGUGCUCUGUAACAUUUGGGUCUCGCUUGAUGUUCUCUGUUGCACGUCCUCUAUACUUCACAUGUGUUGCCUGUUUGUUGAUCGGUAUCUAGCAAUUCAAAACCCACUGAAGUACUCAGUGAAGCGUAAAACACUGCGCAAGACACUAACAAAAAUAACAAUACUCUGGAUUAUGAGCACAAUGAUAUCAUUGCCGCUAUUUAUUGUUGGACUUGUCGAUCCAACUAAAGUUCUCCAUGAUGGCGUUUGCGCACCGAUGAAGAAAGCAUUUGUGAUUUACGGAUCAGUGCUUGCCUUCUUUAUUCCAUUACUUAUUGUUGUUAUCACAUACUCCCUAACUACGCUGAUACUUCGCAAAAAAGUGCUAUCAGCACAACCCUCUAAGAACAAUAACACUAAUGCAAUUUUUAGGGUUCUUACCGAUGUGGAGACGAAGUCAAAAACCAUUGUCGGAAAUACAGUACACAUGAAGAAAAUCAUGCAUGGAGGUAAUAAGAACGUCACAUUGUCACGGAAUAACAGCAUGGACUACGCAAUUCAAACAUCAUCGUUACAGAUAAAUGACACCACGGAAAUGAAAUCUUUGAUUACUUGUUCAAAGUACGAUAGCAGAAGAAGAUCGAAAGGAUCUCCUUACAAUAUGUACGCCAUGCUACGGAAGAACUCAAAACGUUAUAAUGAGAAGAGGGCCGAGAAGGUCCUAGGAAUAAUAUUUGUUUCAUUUGUGGUUGGCUGGUCACCAUUUUUCAUCACAAAUGUCAUUAAUGCAACAUGUAAUUUAUGCAUAUCCAAUAAUAUGUUGUUUAUUUUGUUUACAUGGCUUGGCUGGUCAUCAAGUAUGGUCAAUCCAAUUAUAUAUACUAUUUUUAGUAAAGACUUUCAGAAUGCAUUUCGUAAUCUACUUUGUUGGAAGGUUGGAUCUGGCAAAGAAAUACAAUUACCAGACAGAGAACUGGAAACCUAUAAUAAAAGUUCAGUUGUUAAAAAGAAAAGCAAUAGUAGUCAAGAGAGCCAAGUUUAGUAUGUUUACACCAUAUACACUAUUACAUGUUUGUUACCCCAGGUGCCUGCACAAAUAUGGAUAAAAUAAAAUAUGUAUUGUAGCUUUUGGGUGUCUUACCAUUCAGGACAUUUUCUAACUUCCUAUUUAUGUCAAUAAAAUAUAUGAUAAAACAACAAUUUUACACUAACACGAACCUACAAACUACUGAACAAGGAGUUGUCACACUACAAAAGCAACACACGCGAGAACUCAUUAUUCAAAGUUUGUUAGUACAGUACAUUAAAAAGUAACACAGAAAUAUUCAGUAUAGGAAACUCAAGUAUAGCAUUUCAGUGAGUGCCACUGAUGUAUAAGACAUAUAUGUUCACUAAAUAACAGAAUAUUGUAUUAAAGUGUCCAUGUUAACCCCCAAAUGUUAACCUCAAAAUAAGUCAAUAAGUUUUAAAGAGUAUGCAACAAAUUGUCUACAUCUAUCACAACUUUUAGCAUUGUGUACUCUAUGAUCCAUUUUUUAUUGCAUUCUUGAUCUUAAAGUUAAACAAAAUUAUUGACUCGAAAUUGUUCUUCAUUUUAAAAAGUUUGUCAGCAGAAAUAUUCAAUUCUGUAACUUAGAAUACAAUAUUGUAUUUAUGGCAUUACUUAUUGGUCUACCGGGCUUCAAAUAGCCUGAUUACCUGAACAUUAUGAUAGUGACAGCCUCAUGAAAGGCCACUGAUAAUGCGCCUUGUAUGCAUUUGCAUUUGAGCAGAAGCUCAAAAGGGAAAAGCAAUUGAUAAAAUAAAUAUAUAUUAAAACAGUAAUUAGAGAUCUUGGGGCAGAAGCUCAAAAGGGAAAAGCAAUUGAUAAAAUAAAUAUAUAUUAAAAAUAUUAUAAGCAUCAUUAUUUGCUUAACAAUUUAAACCAACAUACAAAAUUAUUUAAAAUUUAAUAUUGGAAAUACAAUGUGUUAACAUUGCUGAAAUCUUUGUAUGGUUUUAUUUUCUCCUUUCGUUUACCUAUCAUUAUUGUUGUCUGUAUCUUUUUAUCAUAUUUUCUAUUUUGUUUUUUAUGGAUGGAUGAGAUAAGGAGGUAAGUCUAUGAAUUUAACUUUUAUUGCAAUAUAUAAUGAUAUUUUUGUAAGUAUUGGUAUAUUAAAAUAUAUAUGAAACCUAAAUGGAAAACCCUUCCCUUGUCAGAUAAAAAAAAGUUCAAUUUGCUGUGUUUGAUAAAAAGGUCACAUACUUUUGCCAUUUUGAGAAAAUAGCCCGUUUAGAUGUUGAAUUGCCUUUGGUGAUAUCAUUAUGUAUGAAUACAAGUACUUCAAUGCAUCCAUGCAAUAUCAAUAUACUGUAAUAACUUUUUAAUGUGCAAACCUAGAAAACACUUAUCAAACUGACUUGUCAUUGAUGGCCUUGUAUUCUAAAUUUGACAUUGCUGUUUUUAUCUUCAAAUGAUUAACAUUGAGAGAGCAGCUUAGCUCAGUCGGCUAAUCUGGUGUUAGCCACUGGGUGUGCGCUGAACCGUGGAGAUCUCUAGGUCCCUGGUUCAAUUCCCAUCGCUGCUUCUCCUUG